UCCCAGCUGUCCGCCACCAGCCUGGGCAGCAGCCUGGCCCUGACUCCUCGGAGCUCCCAUGCCCAGCCCAGUUCUCAGGGCCCCGUUCGCCUGGCUUCUGCGGGCACCCUGCGCCAGGGCUGGGUCCGCUCACCCAGCAGUCAUGGGAGAAGGCGCCCUGGGCAGGGACUGAGGCCAGAACAGGUGUGGACUGAGUUCUGGGAGGAGGAGCCACUUCUGCUGCGCCUGGAGGGAGGUGGCAGCUGGACGAGGUGAGGCUGAGGUCGCUGUGGGCCAGGACAGCAGCCUGUGCUUUGCUGCACAGGCGAGGUGAGUGCUUCUCCGUGCUGGGUGUGAAGGGGUGAAGAUGAAGCCCUAGGGGUCUGGAACGGCCAGGAAAGGAGGCGGCUGCACUUCUGGAGGUAGCAGCCAGGGGGCGCAUAGGCCUUGUGGCACCGAGGAGGGGGCGCUCUUGCGCCUCUUGCCUAUUGAUUGCGGUAAUUCUUCCAGCCAAACGCUGAAGAGUGGCAGUGAGACACGUGCCCUUAUCCUUUCCUUGCUUUAGGAGACGCUGUCUCGCUCGUAUGCAGGGUAGCCUCAGGGUCCAGCAGCCUCCUGACGGCUCCGGGAGACACGUCCAAGAUGGAAGGCGAGCGGUUAGGGGGGUGCGAGCAGGGGGUGGGGGGCUGUGGGGAGGUCGGAGGGGCCAUGGCCCGGGCACAGCCACUCGGCUGCCUGCAGUGGCAGUGGCUACUCUGACGGAUCAAACCCAAGGCCUUCACAGUCAGCCACACCCCGGGCUACUUCUGAGGGGGGCACUGGGCCAGUCUCAGGCUGGGGGUGCAGGGAGCACCCAGGAGGCCUGGGAAGAGGACGGAUCCUUGGACAGUGGGCUGGGACAGCAGGGCCGAAGCGGGCUGGGGCGGGAGGCAGGGUGAUGCCCAGACCUUACUUCUUGCUCUGGGCCCGGGUGCCCAGGAUGGAAGUUUCCAAUGACGGGGUCUUCUGUGUGACACUCCCAGCCGCAGCUGGCCCUGCAGGGCUGUACUGGCCCAGCCUGGACAGAGCAGGCCAGGGUCCAGGGCUCAGCCGCCAGGGUGUGCAGGACCAUGGGCUCAGCACUGCUGAGCCCCACUAGGGACCCGAGGCUACCAGGAGAGGGGACAGAAGGAGCCAGAGAGAGGCCCGAGAGGAACAUGGGCAGGCAGAGGGGAGAGGCCCGGCUGGGGACUCACAGCGAAGGCCAUGGUGCCAGCUCUGCAAGUGGCCAGCCUGGGGAUAACAGGGCGUCCCUCAUGGGGUACAGCGUGCUGAUCCUCGCUGGUGCUCUGGGGUGGCGAGGCUCCAGGCCAGGGAGGAGGCCAGGCCCCUGCAGGGACGGCUCUGGACCCCUGGCAGAACACUGAGGACUCCGUGGAGGUGUGGAUACCCCUGCACCCUGCAGCCCAGGUCGGAUGUGGGGAGCGGACCAAUGGAGGUGGGGGGGACCUGGAGGGAGGUGGGGGGUAGGACGUGCAGACAGGGGGGCCCGUGGGGCUGGAGGGGUGCAGACCACCCUAAGGUGGAAAGCUGGAGGAAGGUCAGUCCAGGAAGCAGGCUCUGAAUGCCAGGCUUGGGGCUCGCCGGCAGCAGGGGAGCCACGGAAGGGUUUGGAGCAGGGGAAGGAAGCUGUUGGCAGCUGCAGGGUCAAGGCAGGGUGGCUGCAGUCUAGGAGAGGACCACAGGUGGACGGACCCUUCUGAGCCCCGCUCCCCACUGUGGGUCUUCUUUGGGGCCAGGAGCCCCUGGCAGCAGCCCUGAGCCCUGGCUCCAUCCAGCUCCCCACCGCUGAGCUGGGUGGACUGAGGCAGGACCCGGCCCCUUCUGCAUUAGCUUCCCUAUGAGGCAGGAAAAAUGACACCCCUAGCGCUGAGUCUUGGGGGCCUGGCUGUGUCAGGUGCUGGGCAGGACAUACGCAGGUGCUUACUAAGUGUGACCUCCUUGCCAUGCCAGCAAGUCAGGCCUGUCACCAGACAGGGUCCUAGGAGGUUCUCAAAGUGAGAGGAGCCCAACUUCACUCUGUGCUCGGGAUAAACCGCAGUUCACUGACUUCCCCACAGACAGAGGCUGCAGGACGCCUCAGUAAGAGACAUAAGGGAUUUAUUAGGCAGAAUUGUUUUGUUUUGUAUUUUUGAGUGUCCGUCAGGCUGGUCUUGAACUCAGUCUGCACCCCAGGCUGGCCUUAAACUCAAGGUAAUCCUGCCUCAGCCUCCCAAGUGCUAGGAUUACAGGUGUGUGCCCCUACGCCUGGCUCUAAGAAGAAAUUUUAAAGUGCACACUCAAAGAGAGUGAGCCCCCAGGAGAGAGAAGUGCAGUUUCCUGGGGUGGGUGGUGAAGCCAUCACGUAAUCUGGAAGGACAGUGGACUGCUUUACAGACAGGAGCUGUUUUUCUCUUUUUUUUGGCACCAGGGAUAGAACUUGGGACCUUGUGCUUGUGAGGCAGGUGGUGGAACCACUGAGCCAAAUCCCCAGCUCUGUUUUUCUUUUUUAGAUGGGCCUCCUGUUGCUGAGAUGCUGUCCCCACGGAAGGUGACCCCUGGAACUGAGCUGCGAAGCCCCCAGGAGCCUGGAGGGCCAGCGACACCAGCCUGGGGCACUUUGGGGGCGAACAGUGGGGUGGAGCCCAAGGCCCACCACGUGGACUCCACCAGGCUGGGCCUGGGCACCUUUCGCCGGGCCUUAUCCUGGGCAAGCCCUCGGGGCUCCAGCCAGCGGCCCAAGGAGGACCCGGGCCGGCUCCAGCGAAGCUCCCGGGGCUCCCUGCUCCAGUCGUUCCGGCGAGCUGUGGGGCAAGGCCCGGCUUCGGCCCAGUCCCAGGUUGCCACUGUGCCAAAGGAGCCCUCUGUGGUCACGGGCGGUACCAGCCAGCAGGCAGCAUCCGGGGUGGGGCCUGAGGAGCCGCAGCGGGAGGCAGAAAGCAAAUCCGUGGCCGACCUCAUCACUGAGAGGCAGCUGGUGGCGGCGUUCAAGCAGCUGCGACACCAGGAGACGCGGCUGGUGGCGGAGAAGACCUCCCACACCUUUGCGCAGGACCCCACGGCCUACGCGCGGCGCGCCAUGGACGUGUGCUUGCUUUACGAUGGGCUGGCGGCCGAGCUGGGCGCCAUCGUGCGCGAGACCCUGAGCCCCGAGGGCGUGCCCGCGGCGACGCUGACCGAGCUGGCGCUCGUAGUGCGCGCGGAGGAGGAGGCCCACCCGGCGCCGCCCGCCGACGGCGACUUUCUGCGCACCCCGCGCCACUGGCGCCAGCACUGGGAAGACGCGGUGCGGCGGAGCGCGCAGGAUCGCGUGCGGGCGGUGGGCGCCACCGCUGAGGCCGCGGAGGGCGCGCCCGGCCUGGCCCAGCUUCUGGCCGAGCUCGGUGGCCUGGUUCGCGGCGACCUGCAGAAGGUGCACCUGGAGGUGCAGCCCGCGUACGCGGCCGUCGGCCUCCCCGCGUGGGAGACCUACCUGCGCGCCUUCCACGGUGCUGUGGCCCAGCGCCUGCAGGAGCUUGCGCCCGGCGCCCGCGGCUGUGAACAGCUGUACCUCCUGCUGGACUGGGCCGCCAACAUCUACGGCAGCCCUGACUUUCUGGAUGCCCCGGACCUGGCUCUGCCCGCGGAGCCGCUGCCUCCGCUCCUGGCGCCCGACGUGUGGGCGCAGCUGGAGAGCGACUACACCCACUUCCUGGAGAGCAAGAUCUGGAGCUGCUUCGAACGCAUCCUGCAGCUGGAGCAGAGCCGCUGGGCAGCGGCCGAGGCCCCCGAGGUGCUGCAGGGCCGCUACCGCGCGCCGCUGUCCACGGACAUCCACAUGCUGGUGGCGGAGCACGUGAAGGCGGCCAGCGCCAUUUCUGCCGAGCUCGAAGCCACCACCCUGCGGAUCUGCGGGCGCGCGCUCCGCCUCUUUGUGCCCAGGUUUGAGAAGGCUUUGCUGGAGUCGGGGGCGGCGAGCGAGCAGCACUUGGGCGCCUACAUCAACGCCUGCGAGGAGCUCAGGACCAGUCUUCUGGACAGGUUCCCGGGAACCCUGGAGGAGUUGGAGAAGCCCCUGGUGGCGGCUAUCCACAACUUCCAGAAGCACUUGCUCCAGGGCUUGCAGAGUGAUGUGCAGCCCCUCUUCAGGGUCGUGUGCAUCAAGAGCUGGCUGACUCAGGACAUGCUGUGUCCCCUCAUGGACAAGGUGAAGGCCUUUGCACGCCACCUCACACAUGUGGCCCCUCCAGUGGCCCAGGAGGUGCUGCAGGAGGCGCACCGCUUUGUGGUCCGAGAGUACCUGGCUCAGGUGCUGAGGCCGCACAAGCGCUUCCGGGGCGAGGAGCGCGUGCGUGGCUCCCAGAAGAUGAGCGAGGAUGCCCAGGCCAUCAGUGAAACAUUCCAGGACUUGGUGCUGAAUCUGCACCCUCGAGCCUCCCGGUCUCUGCAGGGCUCUGAAGCCACGUGGCUGAACCAGGCCAUACCGUGCGUGGCUGAGAUCUUGGGCGAGACAUACAAAGAUGACAUCCGGCGUCACCUGGAGACACUCAUCCAGGGCUUCCCCGACAUCAGGCGCGACCAUGUGCUGGCCAUCCUGGCUCUGCGCAGACUGGGCCGCCGUCGGAACCACCGCCUGCUGCAGCACUCGCAAAACCUGCUGAGGGCUGCAGCUGGGGCAGGGCCUGGGGGCCUGAGGCCUGCCCGCAAGCACGUGCUCUUUGAGGAGAUCCCGGUGCCCGUCUCUGUGGAUGUGCUGAUCACCUGCAUCUAGUGCUCUGGACUGAGAGGGCUGGGGCGGGGGUGCCCCCUUGCCCUCCCCCAGGCUAGGAGCCGGGAAGUCAGUGGACUCUGCAGCCCGGAGUCGUCAUGGAAUAUUCCUCCUCAGCCACUCUUGCUGUUCAGCCCGGAGAAGGAUGGAGGCAUCUGAGGCAUUUGUGGGGGAGUUUGGGGCAGCCGGUCCCGGUCCCCUCCAUUCUGCCUGCCGGGGAAGGCCUCUCGCUUCAAAGUCUCCACCACCCCCGGGUGAGAGUGCAGGACAGAGUAUUCUACAAAUAAAUGUCAAUUAAACUGGUGCCUUCCUAUGGAGGCCCAGGCCAA